AGGAAACAGCCAGGCUUUGAAGCUGCAAGGCUAUUUAGUGCCGAUCAAGCCGGCCAAUUGAAGCAUUCACACUUGCCUCAGCCAGACAGUAAUAAUAAUAAUUUAUUUCUACCCCACUACCAUCUCCCAAAAGGGACUCGGGGCGACAUACAAAGCACUUGUAAUGCAACAAUACACAUGGUGCAAUAAAUACAGAUACAUCAAUAUCAAAGGAAAACAUAAUACACAUCAUCAAUACAUAAAACAAUACCACAAUAAAAUCAAUCAACCCUAAAAUACGUAUCGAUAAAAUGAUAUAAUAAUAAUAAAACUUUAUUUAUACUCCGCCACCCCCGUGGGGACUCGGGGUGGCUUACAUUGGGCAAAGGCCCAAAUAACAUAAGGACAAAAUAUAAGCAACAUAAUACAAAUCACAAUAUGAAAAGAUAAAACAGUAAUACAAUAUAUCAAUUAAAACAACAAUACAAGGAUAAAAAAUUGCAUUUAAAACACAUAAAUGGUAAGACCAUAAUAAAUACAGGAUAGGAUUGUUGUAUGUAUUACAGGCUGUAUGGCCAUGUUCCAGAAGUAUUAUACAUACAGCCCGGAAUACAUACAACAAUCCUGUGAUCCCGGCCAUGAAAGCCUUCGACAAUACAAAUACAGGAUAGAUUAUUAAAAACCCUCUGGGGCUGAUUAAUUAAUGACUGUAUCACCGAAGGCCUGCCGAAACAUCCAUGGUAAUUAUAGAUAUAAAAUGAAUAACAACCAAGCAGUCAUAUAAAGUGUUUUCAGUGAAAAAAACCAAUGGGUCUAGAAUUUGAAAGUUUUGGGCUCUAUAUCUAUUGGAAAGCAUGGUGAAAAAGCCAAGGUUUUAGUUUGGACUAAAAAGAUCAGAGGGUGGGGACUAGCCUAAUUUCCCCUGGAAGGUCGUCCAGAGCUGAAGUUUUUCUCCCACCCUGAAUAUUCCACAGAUAUAUAAACCCCACUUGCCUAGUUUCCAACACCUCACAACCUCUGAGGAUGCCUACUGUAGAUGCAGGCGAAACGUCAAGAAAGAAUGCUUCUGGAACAGCCUGGCAAACUCACAGCAACCCAUUAAUGCUGUGGGUUCGUGGGAGUUAUCUUUUCACAAGCCUUCUCUGCCAAAGAGUGUUCAUGCCUUACCAAACUGCACAAUCCAGGACUCCAUAGCAUUGAACCAGGGCAGCUAAAGUAGUAUCAAACUGCAUUAAUUCUAUGGUGCAGAUGCCUCCCAGGUCUUUGGGCUUCAGUUCCCACAAUCUCUGUUUGCGGAUGAGGUUGGAAGUCCAAAGCUAGAGUUUGGGAAUCACUAUUCUAAAAUGGUUGUCGUUGCUACAAAUUGACCAGAUGGUAUUUUCUUGCAUAGUACUUGGAUUAUUGUACCAUGCUUCCUGGUACAAUAUGUUAUCUGGAACAUUCAGACAGUUCUGUGAAAUUCUCAUUAAAAUUAAAAAUGCUUUUUAAUUGGUGCCUACCCUUGUAAAAAGAAACAAAACAUAACAAAACCCAAUGGGGGUGCACUAUUUUUAAUUCCUGGCAGGAAAUACAGUAGAGUCUUGUGGAAUAUUAAUGGCUGAGAAGUGUUAUUGGUAUACAUUUUGUGGACUGUAGUUGCAUCUGAUGAAAGAGCGGUCUUUGAAUGAUUAAGGCAAUAAAAUUUCAAAGGCAUAGCUGUGAUAGUCUGAAAUACCACUGGUCCUUUAGCACCUUUAGAGAGAGAGAAUAAAAAUGUGUUGUGCUUUCAUGGCCGGAAUCACUGGGUUGCUGUGAGUUUUCCAGGCUUUAUGGCCAUAUUCCAGAAGCAUUCUCUCCUGAUGUUUCUCCCACAAUUAUGGCAGGCAUCCUUAGAGGUUGAGAGGUUUCUGAGGAUGCCUGCCAUAGAUGUGGGCGAAUCUUAAGCUUUAGAUUUCUAAAAAGGUUAUUAUUAUUAUGUGCCAUCACAUUGGUUUCAAAAUAUGGAGACCCUAUGAAGGAAUCUUUUUGUCCAUGGAAACUCAGAAGGAUCAUGAACAAGUCACGCUCUUUCAGCUUUGCAGGAAAGAAAAGUCAAUCCACCUUUUAACAAAUCUUAUCUGUGUUGGAAACAAUGUGAAGGCACAUAACACAAUAGUGAAUGAGAAACCCCCAGGACAUCUUUUAUUUAACAGCUCUUCUCAGGGCUUGCAAACUCAGGAUUGUGACUUCCGUUUUCCUCUUUUUCUACUACUCUCUACUUUACCAAACAUUUUUUCCAGAUAGUCAUGCCGAUUUAUGAUGUGUCCAGAGCAUCAAAGCUUCUGUUUAGUCUUAUGUUUGUUUCUAGUGAGAGUUCAGGCUUGAUUUGCUCAAUGACCCAUUUAUUGCCCCCCCCUUUUUUUUUCUUUUUUUUUUUUUUACUGUUCAUGGUAUUUAUGGAACACUCCAUCAGCACAACCAGAGUCCUAGUUUUAUUAAUUCAUUUUAAAAAUAUUUGUAUUAAAUUCAGGUUUUAUUUUAAAACAGAUUAAGUUUUUUCAAGCCACAUUGGCAGCAUUUACAAAUAGAUAGACAAAUUGAUACUUCAGGAUCGUAAAAUGUGUGAUGUAUAAUUGGUUUAGCAUAAAAUUAUAAUGUUGGUUAUUAUUAAUUAGAUUUACUAUUUUACAUUUUCAUUUUACUUACAAAUCCUGAACUAUAAAGAACUUGUAAACUAUAUGGGAAAGCUUGUGUUUUCUGUUUAUUAAAGGCAGGCAGCAACAAUAAAACAGAAGAAACUAUUACCAUAAUAAAAUAAAAUUGAUUGUAUCUUUUAGUUUGCCAUAGUAUUGGCAGACGUAACACAUCCAUUGCCAUAAAAAGAACGGAGAAACAUAAACUAAGACCAAGAAUAUCAGUGGAGUGAUAUUACAGCAUUGUCCCACUUGAUAUAUUUUCCUCUUAUAUCAUUUUUAGAAACAAUUGAGGGGAAUAAAUGUAUGUAGACCUUGUCUUAGUCAUUAUAGUCAAAAUUCUUAACAUCUUUGAACAUAGAAAAUAUUUGAGGAAAAAUGCUUUGGAAAAAAUGGGGGAAAGUGUUUUUUCCUCAACUUUACUCCCAGGUUUUUGCAUCUUUAAGAUUUAGCAGAGUCCUUUGCCUAACUCAUAGUACAGAUAUUUACUUCCCAUGUAUGCCACAAGCAUUCAUAUCAUGCUAUUUCUUAGUCCUCUAGCCAAUACGUGGUCAUAGUAGAAAUAAGAUAAGGGAAGAGUGCUGAGUCUGGAGACUUAGAUUAUUGAGGUGGUCAAGCUCACAACCAUCCCAUAAAGUUUAAACCACAUUGUAUUUGUAUAUUAUUGCCUCAGAUGUUUCUAAUACACUAUUGUGAGUCAUUGUGUUUCUCUUACUAACAAUAUUUUUAUAUUAUGAUGAUAAAAAAUUUUGAAAGACUGAUUUAGUUUAUAUUUUUUCUCAUUAUCAAACCAACUCUCUCCUGCACAUGUUUACUGAAGUGCCUUGAAAUAAUACAUUGCUUUGUAAAUGUCUCUGCUGCUGAAUCUCUUAAGGCAACUGCUGGAAUACUAUGGAGUGCCACCAGAUCUGCUCCUACAAAGGUGCAAAGUUUGUCUUGGUCGUAUUGCUUAUGUGAUUGGAUCCCAUCUUUCCUCAUCCACUGCCUCGGGAACACACUUCCAACAAUUAUGUCAUAUCUCAAGGAGAUGUUUGAUGUCCUUGGCUUGGGAAAGGAAAAAUUAUGGAUCUACCCGAAGUUUUGUUCGCAGAUUGGGGAAACAUCUUUUGUUAACUCCUUGUCCAAGGCCUCACUUACAGUUGGUCGCAAAUAUGAAGUCUUUAGAAUCUGAACAAAGAAACAGUGUUAACUCUCUUACACCGUCCCUCGCUGAUGUCUUGUGGAUGCCAUAUGAUGAUAUAGAAUCAUAUACUAAAUGCAGAUCCGAUCAAUGGAGAGAGGCUGUGGCCCCAUCUAUACUUCCUGUGUCAUCAUCAGCAUCACAAAAAGCAACUGUUGUGGAUGAAGAGACAUGUAGAAAAAUUUCUACUCUUGAGAACGAGUUAGCUUUCCUUCGGAAUCAGAUUGCUGCACUUGUGGCAGUGCAAAGGGCAGAAAAUGAUUUAUCUUGCUCAGAUGGUGUGCAUUCAUCAAACAUGCUUUCUAGUGAUUUCCUCAAGGCAACAACUUCUACACCAGCUCCUGUCUCUCUUUGCAAUGACGUUGUGCCUCCCCCACCUCCUGUAUUGCAGUCUAAUUUUGAUUCCAGUAAUUCAGCAAUUGAGCUUAUUAAACAACGACGGGCUGCAAGUAAGACCAGAAAUAUUGCAGACCAUGAUGGAUGGCAGGAAGCAAAGGCUGUUCCUAGUAUGGUAGAUGUUCUGAAGGAUAUAAACAAGGUUAAAUUAAGAGCUGUUGAGAGAUCCCCUGGAGGAACUCCACUGCCCAAAACGAAGAAGAAAAUGCUGUCACAGUGGGAUCCAGCAGCUGUAAUAGCAGAAGCUCUUAAAGAGAAAUUUGCAUCCCAGAGCAAUAAUGAUGAUUCAUUUGAUAAAGAAAACAGAUCCUAUGGUGCAUCUCCCUUUUCCAGUCCAGACACUCCAAUGACUAGGACGCGGAACAAUGGCUUCAAACUACAGGAAAGGAGAUUCCACCUGAACAUCAUGAAGAACUUCCUGACUGUGAGAGCUGUUCGGCAGUGGAACUCUCUCCCCCAGACUGUGGUGGAGGCUCCUUCUUUGGAGGCUUUUAAACAGAGGCUGGAUGGCCAUCUGUCGGGGGUGCUUUGAAUGCGAUUUCCUGCUUCUUGGCAGGGGGUUGGACUGGAUGGCCCAUGAGGUCUCUUCAAACUCUAUGAUUCUACGAUUCUAACUGGCUUCCAUUACAUUCACCAUAUGGGGAUUGGUUCUAAAUACCUGUCACAUGUCAAAUUAACAUAAUGAAAGCUUGGGUGUUUAGUAAUGAAAUAUAUAUGAUCUUUAGAGAAAGUUUUUUAAUUGGAGUUGUAAUAGAAUUGUGUAACAGUAUCUAUUCAGAGCUCUUGAGUCCUAUACUAUUAUGAGUUAAUUACAGUACUCUGUAGCCAAAGGGAUGCUGUGUGUGAAGCUCUGUGUAUUAAGUGGAAAUUAGAUAGUCCUUCAGAUGUUGUUCCAUCUUCAGCAUUGACUAGGGUGACUGGGAGCUGUAGUUCAAUAGCAUGUGGAGGACUGUACCAUUUGCACUCUGCUGCUUUUAUCCAAUAUGCUUUAUAUCCAAUAUAUUCAACUCUGGGGUUUGAAUUGACUCCCUGUCCCAUGACACCAUUCAUUGAUUAUUUUCCAGUUUGCAUGAGUUUUCUCCCAUUCUGAAGGGCUCAACUGCCUCACUUGAGGCAAUUAGAGCUUUAAAACUGAAACAUCAGAUAUUUUAAUGGAAAAGGUAUAGGAACUUCCCAGUAACUACUAAUGAUACAUUCUAAUUAACCAGAUAGUAGGCAUGUGUAUUCUCUAAGUAAUGUUUCCUUCAGGAUGUUUAGCAGUGUGCAAGGAGGCAGGCUCAAAGUUCAAAAAUGCUAGCACUCUGUCAGCAAAGCACUUCGAGGAUGUCUUCUCAUUACUAUCUGACUGAUGUAAGAGCAGUUUUUUUGUGUGCAAAACCUUUGAAUUAAAAACAUGGCAUUUUGAUAUACGCAAAGAGAAGUUAUAGCACCUUUGCUUUGAAUUAAGUAGACCUAGGUCUAAGAACGGAGCAGGGGGAAACUGGAGGGAACUGUUUUACCCCGUUUCUUCCGUCUUUCUGGGAUGGCUCACCAUUCCAGGUGCUUACUCGCCUUUCUCCUGCUUUCUCCCACAUGGAGUCAAAUAACACCUGACUCCUGUAAGAUGAUGGCUAGGCUCUAUUUUCAUGUGCUGCAGAAAUGGAGUCCCACUGAAAGUGCCCUUACGUCAUGUGAUGGCCUCCGCUGGGGUCCCGUGGGGCUCUUUUCACAGUACAUGGAAAUGAAGCCCAGCAGCUGUCUGAUGUGGUCCAGCUUAUGCUAUGAACUUCUAUCAAUCUCAGAGGUGCUACAGGAUCUCUUUACAAACUGAUCCAGACUAACAUGGCUAUUUCUUUGAAUUUUACACUAUGAUAUACAUUAAUGUUCGUAUGAAAAUGCUGAUAAAGCUCAGGCUACCAAGACUCAUUCAAAGUUUAGGAAAUCAGUAUUCCAUCUGCUAAUUUCAGUCUUAGAACGUUUGUAUUACUGUUCUGAUUUCCAAAGAAGUUUUAUUAGCUAGAUUGGCCAUUCCUGGCCAUAUCCCUUUUUUCUCAUUGCUUCAGCAAUACUUCUAUUUUUGCCCAGCUCCCCCGUAACAAAGUCUAACUAAACAAAGAUGAAGGUUACUGCAGAAACGUACAUGGUACCCUGUGAUCCUGCCCUCCUCCAGAAUCUCUAAAACUCUUAUUUGAACCAAUUUCCUUUUCUUCCCUACAGCCCCUGCAAUUUAAAUCAUGGAUUCUUGUUUAUUCCAUUAAACAUUCUGGUAAAAUAGUACUGUGGGAAUAUGGGUUAGUGAGAAUACUUCACUUAGUCAUGCUACUACUAAGAUACUAUUGCCUUGUGGGUAUGUAUUCUAUGAACCUGUAGACAUUCAUAAUUGUGUAUUGAGAUCAUAUGUGUCAACAAUUUUAGGAAUUUAGGUUGACCUUGCCACUUAUUGAAACAAGUUUUAACUCAUCAGGGCUGAUUUCUUAAUUUUACUGAUAAGCAUUUAACUGACAUGCUUAUGUGUUUUGAUAAUGGAGACCUUUAAUGCUCUGUUUUAUUGUAGCCACCUUGUACAUUAUAUGUGAAAUAAAAGUAGAAUAUAAAUUUAAUAAAUGACUAUGGACACUGAAA